UUGUAUCCAGUGGACUUUGUUCAAUGGUAAUUGUGUAUGAUACCUGAAGCAGAGUUCAAAAGUCUCCACUCUUGUUAGUUCACAAGCUCCUGAGAAGUUGUGUUUCUUGAACAGAGGGUUGGAAAAGAAAGAAAAGGUUCUAAUUGUUUUUUGGGAGAGGUGGAGGGAGGGGGAAGGUUACCAGUUUAUGAAUGUUCUUUUUGAAAAAUACGUAAGACUCCAAGACUGAAUGUUUAAGGCAGAAUGUUGGUAAUGCUUUGGUCAUUUGCUGUUGAUUUUUUUUAAUGUCAAAGUAUUUCCGCUUUCUAUUGAAUUCUUGUUAUGCUGAAUUUAACUGUAAUUUUACGUUUUACAUAUAGAUACUAUGGAUAACCGUCACUUGAGUGUCAUAGCUGUGGUCCUUUAUUUUAAUCUUCCUGGAUCAGUGGGAACCAAGUCACAGCAGAUUCUUCUUGCUACACAUCACCAUUCAGAAUGCCAGUGGGAUGGGGAGUUCCUACUGAAUUGUUCUUUUACCAGAACAUCUGCUAUUCCAGAAGAUAUAUCACGAACAACAAUAGUGGCUGAUUUUAGUUACAAUAAUAUUAAAACUUUUCUGUGCACUGAUGGAAGAAAUGAAGAAUGGAGGCUGAAACACCUGAACCUCAGUAACAACCUGAUUUCUGAACUCUUCUUAACCACUUGUACAAAUUUACCUGUUUUAGAAACUCUGAACCUCAAUGGUAAUGCCAUCCACACCCUCACACUGGACACACCUGUGCCUGCACCUGGGUCUAAAACGUACAGAACUGUUGAUCGCAUCCUGCCUGCUUUGAAACUAUUGUCAGUUGAAAGAAAUAAUCUUAAUACAGUUCCAAGAGGACUAGGCCUGCUGCAGUCUUUACAAACUGUCCAUAUGUCAUCCAAUAGCAUACAACAGAUUGACCCAAAGGAUUUUCAAAACUGUUCACAGCUGAAGGACAUUGACCUGCAAAACAACAAGAUAACUACAAUUCAUCCAGAUGCCUUCAGGGAUCUCAACAAAUUACAGGUUGUGGAUCUCCGUGAAAAUCCUCUGACAAUCCCUCUGCCACACAUACUGAUCAAUUUGAACUUCUUUCAACUUGAAGUGUAUUUGUCAAAUAAUGCCUGGAUAUUUAACUGCAGGCUAAAUGCUUUUAAACAUUUAAUUCAUUUUCCUUUUGACUCCAUAAGGAAAAAAUGGAGCCUUUCAUACAAUAAGUUUGCCAAGUCACAGAAACCUCUGCUGUAUCUUUCAAGUUUCCAUUUAAACUGCAAGGACAGUGUUUUGCUCAAGAGGGCUACAAUCCCAGCAGGGAACACAGCAGUGCUGAACUGUAACUUGGACAACACAAGGGAUAAUGGAAUCUCUUGGUGGACACCUAAAGGUAGAAUUUCAAAAAAUCACAGUCUUCCUCAUAUGACACUGAAUAAAAGGAAUAAUUUAGUGAUAUACAAUGCUGAGAAAACUGCUGAAGGAUUAUAUUUCUGUAUUUUUAAUACAACAAAGGAGAAAUAUCUCAUUUAUAAUAUAGAGGUGAAAGAAAAGGUUUCAACAUUUUUGGCUAGAAAAGCCCGGGACACUAACACUGUUUUUAGACAAGAAAAAGCAGAGUCAGACCUUGCACUGGCUGUCUCCCUCUCAGUGCUCAUUACGUUUGUUUGUGCUUUUUGUCUGGGUGCUUUUGCCAGACCCUACCUGGUGAGCCUGUGGAGACAUAUGCACAGGAAUAAAAAUUCGAGUUCAGAACAUACAUAUUCUAAUCAAGCUUUUUCAGAUGAAACCUUGAGCAGAGAGUUUUCUGCAAGCAAACCAACAAAUACACAGCGUAAUGUGUUAAUUUGUGAUGAGAAUUCUUCAAGAAACACAUGCAUUUUUCCUAUAGAAACUUCUACUUCAUAUGAAAAUGUCACUGGUAGUGGUGCAGAAUACCAGAAACAAAGCAAUGCUGAGAUCAACAUGAAGAAAAAACCAGUAUUUUCAGAAAUCCAAACCAGUAUUGACAAUUACGAAAAUGUAGAUGUUUAUGAUAAUGGACUAUUUUCUGUAAGGACAGAGUACCAGAACAUCAAUGAAGUAACACCAAGACAAUUAAUGAGUAAUACCAGUGCAUUUUGGAAAGAUUCAACAUAUACAAACAACCAAGACUCAGAGAAGAGCAGGAUCCCUCCCAUACCCAGGAGACUGAAUGCUGACCCUUACUCAAAUCACGACUCUUCAAAUUCAGAGAAGGGAGAAACUGACUUUCCAUUUUCCACAGUACAAACACAUUCAGUUGCACAAGACUCUAGAAACAGCAAAGUAAGCAACAACUCUGGUCUGUUGUAUUCCGAGAUCACAAAGGCUACACCAGAUUCUCCAGAAAGAAAAGGUAUAGUUUCGCAUAAUGAACCCACACACACUACAGAAUUUAUGCAUGGAAGGCAAGGCUGUGAUGAACAACUUGGUCUAAACAGCAACUUAAAUAUACCUAGUGAUGUGGGAGAUUUUACUUUACCCAAUGUCUCCAAAAGUGAUACAGAUAUUGAGAAUUUAAGCAGCUGUGAAACAACAGAAAACUUUCCUGUUACAGAGUAUGACUGUAAAAGGAUAUGUUCAAAUGAAAAAGAUGCUUCAGCAGAUAUAUUUGGUGAUAGUUCUUCAGAUGAAGGGACUCCAUUCUCACUGAGUGACUGUAGUUCUUUAGAAGACUUUGAACUGGAACAACCUGAUGUCAGUGAUGAUGUCAGUGACAACCUGCCAGUUUGUCAGUCGUCACUAGAGGAAGCCAAUACAAAUAGUGGAACAGAGAAGCUCUCAACACUGCCAGAGUCUCCAAACAUUGCUGCUGAAGUUCAGCAUAUUGGAAAAAAUGAAGAUGAGAACACUGCACAUUUUGAAACCACUAUUAAUUAUGGAUCAGAUACCACCAUGUGUGAAACAACAUCCCCUUACACUGAUAAAUGUGGUGGCCAUGUAAGCAUGUCAGACCCGGAUACAAUUAGUUCUUCAAGUCAAGAAGUUCCAGGGGCAUUUGAUUAUUUUACUAACGCAGAGUCAACAGUACAAAACUCUAUUUCUGAUUCUCUCCACAGUCAAAGUAUGGAUUUUGGUAACACGGUACUUUCACUAAAACAUUCUCCCACAUAUGACACAGAGAACACUCCUAAAGAGGCUGAAUUGCAGCUGUAUCCGCUUCCCACCGGACUACAGCAUUCCCUCAGCUUCAGUCCCACUGAACAAAAAGAAAAUGCACCAGAGGGAAGUACAGAUGAGAGCGUAGCCAGGAACUCCCCUGAAAAGAAUCAUGGAGAAGCAGAUAUUACAUUAAGAAGAGACAUGCAUACAUCUGAGGACAAUGACUUUAUUUUUGCCCCCAUUGAUACUGGUUUGAAUGAAAUUGUUAGAAAAACAUCGCUGCUGCAUUCCAGCAAUGAACCAUCUCUUCAGUCGCUGUCUGAAGAUAGAGCUGAAAAACAUUUCAUGGUCAUUACACAGCAAGAAGACUUGCUACCACAGGGGAGGCAGGAAAACACAACUAAGGCUUGGGCAGAUAAAAUGGAAAGAGGUUUUGAUGAAAAAAACUGUGAUGGAUACACAGAACUACAGGACACCAGCAACUGCAGUCUGCCUGAAGAAACACAAUCUUAUAAUCUUAUAGUAGAUCUGCUGCAUCUUCCUCCUUCAGGGAAAACACAGUCAGUGUUCACAACACAUGGUCAUUUCCAGCUGGAUCAGAGUGACAAGGAUGCAUAUUCCUUCUCAGUCCCACAAGGUUUCUUCAAUGAAAGCACACAACACAGUUCACAUUCAUUCCCACAAAAGCCUACAGGAAAUAUAAUGUCUAAAAGUGCUGAUUCCAGCAAGAUGGAGGAUGACACCACUUUGACAGAACUGGGAAAUAAUUCUACAACAGCUGUAGAACACCUCCAAAUUUCCAGUGAAAAUCUCAGUCAAGAAAGUCAGACAAAUAUAGGACAGGAGCAGUUUUUUGUUAAGAAGAAAAGAGCGUUCGAUGGAUUCUCUAAUAUUUUGCAAAGCAGGAAAACAAACUUCAAUAGUUGAGACACAGAAUUGUAAUACUAAGCUCCCACAGUGUUUAUGUCAUUACAGCAAGUACAAAAAUUAUUUUGUUUCAAAGUGAAGUGGCUUUUGUUUAGAAAGGUACUUGCAAAAAAAAAAAAAAAAAAAAAAAAGUGAAGUUUUUGCUGAGUUAUAGUAUAUAUUUACUUUCUCAUUGUUGUUAGUUCUAAUACAUUAUUUUCCAUUGGAAUUUGCUUCAGAUAUGCACUGUUUUGUCUCUCUUUGUCUAAAAUAAAUGUAAACAUUGAAAUUAUCGUGA